AUGAGAUCCGCCUUCAUCAUUCCCGUUUUCCUCGCCUUGGCUGUCGCUGAAGACAGAAACAACAACGGCAGAAACGACAGAAACGGCAACAAUAACAACUAUUUCAACAGCUACUGGAAUUCCAUCGUCAAUGGUGCCCAGCCUGGGAAUAACAGAGACGUGGUUCCUGGCCAGAGCUCUUCACUGAGUUCAGCUUCUUCAAGCUCCAGUUCCGCCUCCUCUGCCUCAAAUCCAUUAAUGGCUUGGACUUCCAACUUCCCCAGUGCGUCCUCCAGCGAGCCCCUUCCGCAGCCUACCAGCUCGAACACUCCGCCCGAGGCAUCGCCGUCCCCUACUUCCUCGUCGACUUCCAGCUCUGCUCCUCCAACCUCAUCCACUCCUUUAACUUCAGAGACCCCCGUCGAGACAUCCACUCCUACCACUUCCCCGAGCUCAAGCACCCCUAGCUCAUCCUCGUCAUCCACACUCAGCACCGUGCCGCCCAGUCAGAUCCAGUUGACCACUGAAUCAUCACAGUCUUCUGAACUGCCGCAGACUUCAAGUGAGCCAAGCACUCUGUCGCCAGAAACCCUGUCACCGGAGACUUCUUCCCAGCCCACUACUGAGUCUGAGCCUUCCACGGAACCAACUACAUCCCUGACUCCAUCUCCGCUGAGUGCCGAGGAACCAACUCCGCUGACGCAGCAGGAAUCUGUCGAGACCACCCCGCUGAGUGCUGAGGAACCAUCUUCGUUGACGAAGCAGGAAUCUGUCGAGACCACCCCGCUGAGUGCUGAGGAACCAACUUCGCUGACGCAGCAGGAAUCUGUCGAGACCACCCCGCUGACCACGAGCUCAUCCCUGAGCUCUUCGCUGGAUCCCGAGACUUCCACUGUCUCGCCAACAGAAGAGAACCCACUGGCUUUCACUGAGACCACGAGCUCAUCACUGAGCUCUUCGCUGGCUCCUGAGACUUCCACAGUCUCACCAACGGAGGAGAACCCACUGGCUUUCACUGAGACCACGACCUCGCUGUCCUCUGAAUCCUCUCUGAUCGCCACGACUUCCUCUUCUACACCAGGAACCUCGACACCUUCCUCGACGCUGUUGGAAUCAACAUUCUCCUCGGAGGCUCCCAAUGUUUCGGCUGUUCCAACUAGCGACACCCAGUCUCUGACGGAGGUAUCGACUUCUUCUACUCCAUCCUCCUCGGAGACCACCAGCAGCUCAACUUUCUAUGGUGCUGUCCCAUCAAGUGAGAGUAGUAGCUCGCAACCGGAGACUACUUCUUCCACAAACGAGUUUAGUGAAGUCUCGGAGACACUGACCUCAGUGACACCAGUGAGUCUGACUGUCCCUGAGACUCCUACCAGUCUGACGUUCCCAGAGUUCACCGAGAGCCUGACUUAUCCAGAGACUCCCGAGAGUCUGACUUAUCCAGGGACUCCCAAGAGUCUGACUUAUCCAGAGACUCCCGAGAGUCUGACUUAUCCAGAGACUCCCGAGAGCCUGACUUACCCAGAGACUCCCGAGAGCCUGACUUACCUAGAGACUCCCGAGAGCCUGACUUACCCAGAGACUCCCGAGAGCUCCACAUUCCCUGAGACAAGCUUUGAGGAUUCGACCACUUACAAUGCGUUUACCUCUCUGCCAGCGGCCACAGAGACAUCCUCUCCAGAGAGUGCAUACCCUCUGGCUUCUGAGACGUACGAGGAGUCCACCGGUGUUCCAUCUGAAACCACAGAGUCCACGUCUAGCUACGGGGCUUUCACUACAACAUCGUCUUCUAGUGAACCUCCAACUGAGACCCACGAGCCUAUGCCCAGUUCGUUCGACUCUUCCUCGGAGCAGUUUGCUUCGCUGAGUAUCGCCGAGCUGCCAACUUCAUCAGAAGACACCAGCACAUUGUUGGCUAUUACACCUUCUGGUAGCAGUGAGACUCUGUACAGCGAGCCUACCGAGACAUCCUCGCCACCUACGGAAGUGACGUCAGAGCUGGAGACUCUCACUCCACCAGAGUCAAGUUGGUCUGAACCAGUCUCAAGCGAGUACCCCACCACACUGGACACUUUUGAUGCCGACACAACAACGUCAUCAUAUGUGCCAUCAGAGGAGACAAGCAGCAGUGUGCUGACACCAGCUGCUGUCAUUACCAGCUCUAGUUCCGAAUGGACCCCCGAGUCAUUGGAAACCGAGGUAUCAACCUCUGAAGAGGUAUCACUGUCAGUGAACGAGACAUCAGGUACCCCAUUGCUUUUGACAACUUCUUCAUUGACAUCCUCUCCAACUCUUGACACUGAGAUCACACUGGAGGCCGCUGAGUCGCUGCCAGCAUGGAGCCUGGUUACCACUGAAGAGUCCUCUACAAUUCCUGUGGUCUCUAGUCCAACAACGGAGUCUGAGGUGCCGCUGGAGGUAGAGUCUUUCCAGCCUACCACGACAUUGGUUUCCGCUUCUCAAAUCACCACCAGUGAAUCUUCUGUGGUCGAAACUUCCGCAGCAGAAACCUCACCCGUCGAACAGACCUUUGUGUCUCUGCCAACGGAAGCUUCUGAAGCGAGCGUGGUAACUCCAGAACCAUCGUCACCUGUCGAGACUUCUCCAGCUGAGACGCAGCCUGCUCCAACCGAAGAAGCUUCGCUGUCGACGAAGAACUGGUUGCCUACUGAAAUUGUGGCCGAGUCAACGGCUUCCUCAACGGAGGGCGAGACUAUCUCGGCCGCAACCACUGCUGCAACCAAGACUUCAGGCUUGCCAAGAGCUAUCACACCAGCUGAAACAGCAUCUCCUGGUAAGGAGUACUCGAUGAUCUACAUUGGAUUCAAGGAGAGCUUGAACUAUCCAUUUGUGGUUGAGAAUUCCGUCUCAUCCGCUCAAAUCUUCGAGUACCUUCCUAAAGUGUUGCAAUUUCCAUUUGGUGACGCCAAGGACUACAAAGACACCCUUGUGAGUAGCUUGGUGCCAUACCAUGCCGACGGCAUCGAUUACGCUAUCACAGUGGCCGAGGUUUACUUCCCAACCAAUGCUGUCGAUGCCUUGUCUCAACUUGUGUUGGAUGACAACUCGAAGUUGUACAGGAACCCACAUGACACCGAGGCUAAGUUAGCAUCCUUGAUCGAUAAGAGAAUCCCCAUUGUUGGCCUUAACACUGACGAUGGAUCAUCACUGGGCAACAAUGAUCAGAACAACGGAUCAUACGACUCUUCCAAUAACCCUGUGAAGAAGAAGGGCACUAUCGCUGGUGUGGCCACUGGUGCAGCCGUGGGUUCUAUCAUCUACAUGUCUUUGAUGAUUCUCUUGUUCAAGAGGUACAAAAAGAAGAAGGCUCUUCAACUUCCUCCAACAGACAAUGAGAGUUCAUUGGAUUGGAGUUCUCAGGAGGACUCGCACGCCGUAUCCAACUCAAACGGAACUGGUCUGACGAGACCACCCAUCUCCGAACCAGUGAAUGCAUUCAACUCCCUCGGUUGGUCAAACUAG